UGUUGGCGACUCAAUACUUAUCAAUGUUGUUUGUUAUUGUGUUUGAACCAGCAGCAGGCUUGCUAACUUACCAUAUCAGUCGUUAUGUCAUCGAAUUAUGUGCCUUUCCAGCUCGUUUCAGUCCUAUUGAUUCGUCGUUGGUUUGAGUUGGCGAAGGACAUCGUAGCAGUCCCUUGUCGCUGUCCCGGUUGGAUGCCACAGGGCUGUGCCCUCAUAGAGAGACGGCAGUUUGCAAUGCCAGUUCCGGUUAUGGCAGAGUCGGUGGACCACCAGAAACGCUUCCAGGCCGCUGUCGACGUCAUUCAAAACCUUCCCAAAAGUGGUGCCUACCGGCCCCCCUAUGAAGUGAUGCUGCGGUUCUACUGCCUGUACAAGCAGGCGGUGUGUGGACCCUGCACAGUGUCUCGACCAGGCUUCUGGGACCCAGUCGGUCGCUAUAAAUGGGAUGCCUGGAGUCGAUUAGGGGAGAUGAGCAGUGAGAGUGCCAUGGUGGCGUACGUGGAUGAGAUGAAGAAAGUGGCACAAGAGGUGAUUGACACAAUGCCCAUCAAUGAGAAGACUGCAUCACUGUUCCACCACUUUGAGCCCCUUUACGUGGUCAUCCACGACAUGCCCCGGCCACCAGACAAGCUGCUGCAUCUGAGAGAAGACUUUAAGGGCAUUGACAAGGCAGCCAGUCCAAAGGAGGUUGAACAAGAGAGGGCUAUCCAAGACGAACGUGUCCCAGAUAAGGACCCUGCACUAGAUGAAGAGCCUGCCCUGGAGCAGGUGCCUGUCCCAGGAGAAGAACCCGUCAAAGAGGAGGUACCUACUCUGGGAGAGGUGGCCCUCGCAGAGAAGGUGCCCGUCCCAGAAGAGGUGCCCAGUCAGACACAACAACAACCAGUCACCUUCACCAGUGAACCUCCGGGGCCAAAUGUACAAGUCUUCCUCUUUCCAGAGCCUGUUCCUGAGCUUGGUCUGUCUGAGGCCAUGGGGUCGUCUGAGGUGUUGUUGUUGACCAGCGACUCAGAGAGUGAGAUCUUCAUUGACUCUGUGGAUUCUGUGGAAAAGCUGGACAAUAUCAAGGUUGUCCCCAAGUCAAACGGCCUCCAUAACGGCCAUGCUUACUCAGAGCCCUCCUCAGUCCAAGCCAAUCACACAGAGACGGUCUGCCAGGCAACGCAGGUGGGGGCGGGGCAAGGUGGAGAGGGGGCGGGGGAUGGAGGGGGACCGCCCAUGAGGAGGAGUCGGGAUGCAGGAAGAGACGGGAUGAGGGACCACGGAUGGAGAGAACGUGAUGCAUGUGGCAUAUAUGCCAAUUACACAUAUGCACUAUGCCUAGGUGGUGUUCCCCAGGGCAGCCCCAGGCGGGCGGGGAGAGAGGCCCUGGGGGCAGGGGGAGGGGCUGGCCGAGGGGGAGGAGACGGCUCAGAGGGAGGGGCUGAGAGGCUGCAGGACAUCCAGGUGCAGCAGCAGAUCCUGCUGGCCCUACGGAGGCUCAGGGAGGACAUGCAGAGCGUCAUGGAGAGACUGGAGGCAGUGGAGAGACUAGCCGCAGCACAGGCCCAGAAUUCAGACUGGAGACCAUGUCUUCAGUGUGCUGCCUCAGCUGCCCAAUCAGAGGAGGAGAGUUGGUGGCCGUUCCCUGAAGUAUCAGGACGGACGAUGCUGCUUCUGCUGCUGUGGCCCCUGGUGGCUCAGGGCAUAGUCUUUCUAUUGCGGAAGGGCCAAAAGAAGGCCCGUAUCUCUACUUGAAGCCAACGGACCACAAAGUAGUCCCAUAUCCCCCCCUUAGGAAUCCAUUGGAGGAAGAAGUAUUUCUUUUUUAUUUCAAUAGGACUCUAUGGGACAACGGAGGUCGUUAGCAGAUCUGUUUUUGGUGUCUUGCAAACUCCUAUGGUCAUUGGUGUGACAAUGACCAUAGGAGACAGCACAAACAUAUAUGGGACAAUGGAGGUUGUGUAUUUCCACAUGAAUCCACUGGAAGAAGUUGUUGGCAGUCCUAUAGGACAUUAUUGGAGGAGAAAGUCUCUCACUCUCUUCAGUACUGUUAUGUACAUUGCUCAAGUAUUGGGAGAAACGUGAACAUGUUUAAAUGAAAAAUGUAUCACAUGCUGUGCUGUUCUUUUAACCUUCAGGUUGAAGGACCUGGUCCCGUAUUCACAAAGAGUACUGACAUAAGAUCAGUUUGCCUUUUAGAUCAUAGUGGAAGGAGGUCAUCAUAAUGAUUUGAGAUCAGACGCUGCUAUUCUUGAGACACUUUGAAUACGGGACCCUGAUCCACUUCUAUUCCUUGUCCCCUCAAUAACACUAAUAAAUCAUGAUUUAAUUUAUAGCUAUUUCAUCUUAAAUCACAGAAUUGUUUUCAAAUAAAUAAUUGGGAUGAAUAAGCACUUUUCCCAGAUUAUAUUUGAUCCAAUGAUUUCAGUGGGACACAGAAUUGGAAAUGAGUGCACUGGCAAUUGCUCCAGAAUGUACACAAGAGAUAGACAAUGUUCAGUUGAUAUGUAAGGAGAAAUUAUUCUACUUAGUCAAUGGUUGAAAGAUAAUAAUUUUUCAAGCUAUUGUUAUAUGAACAGCCUUUGUUGGGUUAAUGAUUUCAAAUAAAUAUGGUCGGAAAAUGUGAA